UUACCGAACUGCCAAAUGUGGCAGAUUAUCUCCGUGGUAUCCACGCACGCAGAUGGCCAAGCUGUACAUAUAGCUCGAGAACGAUGUGUUCGAUGACUUGCUGUACCUGCUUUCUUUGGUGCCUUGCCGCUUGGUUCUUGAGUAUCUUGCGUUAUCGGGAAAUAAUGGAGCUUCUCACAUUCUUCCUCUUCGCCACCCAGGCAUACGCAGGGCUGCUCCCUGGCCCCAAGGGCUCCAGAGCUUCAGCUUCCUGUCGCUGCUUUCCCGGGGACAGUUGCUGGCCUGCAGCGUCAGCGUGGGCAAGUUUGAACAGCACCGUAGGGGGCCGACUUAUCGCCACUGUCCCUAUUGGAUCUCCUUGCCAUGAUCCCAACUACAGUGAUGCGGACUGCGCAGCGUUGCAAUCUGCAUGGCAGCUACCCCAGACGCAUCUAGCAUCCUCUUCGUCGGUCAUGCAAGCGUUCUUUGCGAACCAAAGCUGUGACCCAUUCACUGCACAAAGUUCACAAUGCCUUCUCGGCAACUAUGCUCGGUAUACCGUGAACGCGACGUCGAGCGCGGAUGUAGUUGCUGCCAUCAACUUUGCACGUACCAAGAACAUCCGUUUCGUCAUCCGAAACACUGGUCAUGACUACAAGGGAGCAUCUACUGGUGCUGGCUCGCUCUCUAUCUGGACUCAACACCUCAAGACUGCGCAAUUCCUUGAUUGGUCUGACUCUUCCUACAAUGGGAAGGCCUUCAAGAUGGGCGCCGGGAUCCUCGGCUACGAAGCGGUCACGCUUGCAGCCGCACAAGGUCUUGUUGUGCUCUCGGGCACAUGCCCAACAGUCGGAGCUGCAGGAGGCUACCUUCAGGGUGGUGGCCACUCUGCUUUGAGCACAAACUUUGGUCUGGCUGCUGAUCAAGUCCUCGAAUGGGAAGUUGCCACCGCAGCAGGCAAAAUCGUCAAGGCUUCGAGAACCACCAACCCAGACCUCUACUGGGCACUGAGUGGCGGCGGUGGUGGAACCUACGCCGUUGUGCUUUCGGCUACUGUGCGCGCCUACACCGAUGCCAAGGUCGGCGGCGCUCAGCUACAGAUGGCAGCCGCGUACACUACCCCCGACAAGUUCUACGAAGCCAUUGCAAGGUUCCACGCCAUGGUGCCGAACAUCACCGACAGCGGCACUUCGACCGCGUUCAUCUUCAACUCUCAAGUCUUCCAAAUUGCGCCGAUCACUGCAUUCAACCAGACAUCGGCGCAGGUGCAGACCACACUCGCCCCCUUCAUGGCGGUGCUAAGCGAACUCGCCAUUCCCUACUCCAUCACCUACUCCGACUCCACGAGGUACUACGACCACUACAACAAGUACAUGGGCCCGCUGCCCUUUGGCCAUCUCACAGUCGAGGCAUACCAGUUCUCCAGCCGCCUGAUCCCGCGCAAGGUGCUCGAGACGAACAACGAUGCUCUCCAAAAGGCGCUGCGCAACAUCACCGAAAACGGCGUCCUCGCUGUCUCGGUGGCAUUGAACGUCACGCGCCAGUCUAGCUCGCCGAACGCCGUACUCCCGGCGUGGCGCGAUGCCGCCAUCCACAUGCAGAUGACGCUCCCGUGGAACAACACGCCCUCUGCAUGGCCAAAGAUGAUCGCAGACCAGUACCGUCUUACGAACGAGCUUGUGCCGCAGGUUGAGGCGGUGACGCCGGGCAGUGGAGUGUACAUGAACGAGGGAGACUUUAGGACGGUGGACUGGCAGAGCAAAUGGUAUGGCGCGAACUACCAGAAUCUGUUGGCAGUUAAGAACAAGUGGGAUCCCGCGGGCUUAUUCUAUGGGCUGAAGACUGUGGGAAGCGAUGCGUGGACUGUGGGUAAUGAUGGACGCAUGUGUAGGGCAUAGACGUUGGAAGUCGCGAUGUCCACUUGCACGGCCUCUAGCAUGUAUUUUCAAUGUACAUAAUUCUCAGCGCAGGAUAUGACCUUUGACAUGCAGGAUUCUGACUGUCGAUAUGAAUACAGACGGAUCACAGCAAGGGUUUUCCCGCGUACAACAUCG